AUGAACAUUGCGGGAAAGCUCAGUUUGAUGAUACCGUGGAGUAUAUUCUUGCUUCAUUCGCUGCUGUCCUCUUUGCAAGGAUCUUACUGCAAGCUUUCUCUUUUGAGAAGAACUUCCAGAAAUGAGUUUAAUGCAACUCGACAGAAAAGAGAUCUUGUAACAGCUGAGAUUCGAUCUGCCUCUCCUUGGUUGCACCUUCAUGGGGCCUUGACACGGAGUCCGCCAGGAGGUUCAUGUCCUCAGGAGUGCCUUAAUGGAGCAGCCUGCACAGAGGCAGGUGACUGCGACUGUCAGUUAUUUCAAGCUCAAGGAAGCAGGUGCCAAAUUGUACCUAACACUGGUAAGGACCGAGAUGGGAUUUGCAAAUCGUGGGGACAGUAUCACUUUGAAACAUUUGAUGGCAUCUACUACUAUUUCCCGGGAAAUUGCUCCUAUAUUUUUGCAAAAGACUGCAGUACUCCGGAACCCCAGUACACUGUUUGGGUUCAUAACAGUCCUCACUGUUAUGGUUCGGUAUAUAACUGUCAGAGGUCCGUCAGCUUAUUUUUUUCAAACCAAGAAGAAAUAAUUAUUUCAGGACAUGAAGUAAGAAAAGAUGAAACCAGAUUAACAUUGCCUCAGACAGUUGGAAAUGCUUUCCUUGAGAGACUGGCUGACUAUAUUCUGGUGAAGACUACCUUUGGUUUUUCUCUUGCUUGGGAUGGAAAUUCUGGUAUUUAUAUUAAACUGACAGAAGAUCAUAAGGGAAAACCUUGUGGCCUCUGUGGAAAUUUUAAUGGCAAUAAAUAUGAUGACCUGAUACUGCAAAAUAUAGGUGAAUAUACAGAAGACAUUGCUGAAUUUGCAAAUAGCUGGGCUGUGCAAACCUCAGAUGAUGUAGCUUGUGUACCUACUGCCUCAGAUUUUUCUAGUCCUUGCUCAGCUGAUGCAGAAUCCACUGAGGACAUAUUCUUCAAGUGCCAAAUAUUCCUACAGUUUCCUUUUCUCAGCUGUCAUGAAAGCAUAGAUCCGUAUUCCUAUAUUUCUAGCUGUAUGAAUGAUCUUUGCAGAGUUGAUGAUGAUGAAACAUACUGCAGGGCGGUGACAGAGUAUACUAGAGCAUGCUCUCAUGCUGGGUCCCCAGUGCGGGACUGGAGGGAUGACUUUCCUGCCUGUACUGACAAGUGUGAAGACAGCUUUGUACACCGUGACUGUAUCAGUUGUUGUCCACCAACCUGCACAUUUGAAAAAGAUUGUCUUGGCAGCAACCUACACUGCUUAGAUGGCUGUUACUGUCCAGAUGGUCUCAUUAUGGAAAAUGGAACUUGUAUCUCUGUGUCAAAUUGUCCUUGUAUUUAUCAUGGAACUGCCUUCCCUGUAGGCUCAAAAAUUGAACAAGAAUGCAGCAACUGUAUUUGUGUUGGUGGCAUUUGGAACUGCACUGAUCAUGAUUGCCCAGCUGAGUGCUCCAUCACAGGUAGCUCUCAUUUCACAACAUUUGAUGGACGUCAUUUUACCUUUCUUGGGAUUUGCCAGUACAUUUUGGUAAAAGGCACCGGGAAAAACAAAUUCACAAUCACUUUACAGAAAGCACCUUGUGGACAGAACUUUGACCAUGCCUGCAUUGAGUCUAUAACACUAGUUCUUGAAGACGAUGUGAGCAAACAAGUAACUCUGACGAGAUAUGGUCAAGUCCAAACUGGCCCUAACCAAGUUUUUAACCUUAAUGGGGCUAUUGAAAUUCAGAAUAUAUCUUCUUUCUUUGUUCAACUGAAAACUAGUUUUGGUUUGAAGAUACUGUUUGCUAAAGAUGGAGAGAGGAUCUAUGUUCAAGUUGAUGUUGGCUGGAAGAGAAGAACUUUAGGACUAUGUGGAACGUACAAUGGGAAUUUAAGAGAUGAUUUUCUUUCUCCAGCAGGGAUGAUAGAAGGGACCCCACAACUUCAUGCCAAUGCAUGGAAGGUUUCCUCAGCUUGUUCUGUGCCUGUCAAUAUUCCUGUGGUUGAUCCCUGCAACGUUAAUCAGCAAAAUGUUGGGUAUGCAUCUCACUGUGAUAUCAUCAAUCAAGAAGUUUUUGCUCCCUGCCAUGCCUACAUCAGUCCAGGAUUAUACUACCAGCUAUGCCGCUUUGAUGCGUGCAAAUGCGGAAGCAGCUGUUUGUGUAAUGCUUUGGCACACUACGCUUACGUCUGUGGCAAGCAUGGGGUCGUCGUUGAUUUCAGAGCUCAUAUUUCUUACUGUGCUGUGAUGUGUCACAGUGGUAUGCUUUAUCAUCAGUGCUCUUCUUUUUGUAAACACUCCUGUGCUUCACUUUCUAUGGCAAAUAUCUGUGGUGAUGACUGUGCAGAAGGAUGUAAUUGUCCUGAUGGGAAAUAUUUUGAAGAGUCGGUCAACUUUUGUGUAUCAAUAUCUGCCUGUCAUUGUCAUUACAAGGGCAAAGCCCUCCAGCCUGGAGAAAUCCUCCCUACACCAACAGGCUCCUGUCAGUGUUUGAAUGGAACAGUGAAAUGUAUUGAAGCCACUACAGAAAAUACAGUUCACAUAUGCCCUGAAGGAAAAAUCUACUAUGACUGCAGAUCUCCUGUGCCUGGAUUACCAGCAGCAGGAGUGAAUUGUGGGAUCUCUUGUGCGAACCUUGCCAUGAACUUCUCCUGUGUCCCCUCACCACCCUGUGCAAGUGGCUGCAUUUGCCCCCCUGGGAUGGCUGAGCAUAGAGGGAAAUGUUAUAUUCCUGACAGUUGUCCAUGCACUUGGAAAGACAGGGAAUUUCUGUCAGGAGAAGUGAUAGCUACACCAUGUUACACCUGUGUUUGUCGGAGAGGGAUAUUCAAUUGCACUAGUUACCCCUGUCCUGCUGUAUGCACUGUUUAUGGAGAUCGGCAUUAUUAUACCUUUGAUGGAUUGGAGUAUGAUUAUGUCAGUGACUGCCAAGUUUACCUGCUAAAGAGCACAGAUAACUCAAAUAUAUCUAUAAUUGCUCAGAACAAAAAGUGCUUUGACAAUGAUAUUGUUUGCUCAAAGAAUGUUUUCAUCACUGUUGGAGACACUGAGAUUUAUUUUACUGAACCUUUUGAGAAGCAGAAGACCUUAAGAAGACAUCAAAACAAAUCUAACUAUCAGCUUUGGAAGGCUGGAUAUUAUACUGUGAUACACUUUCCAGAACAGGACAUUACAAUUCUGUGGGAUAAGAAGACAAUGAUACAUGUUAAAGUUGGACCUCGAUGGAAGGGUAAACUGGCAGGUUUGUGUGGAAAUUUUGACAAAUAUACUUCAAAUGAUCUGACUACAUCAAACAACAUGGAGGUGAGAAAUGCACAGGUGUUUGGAGACAGCUGGGUAUUAGGGCAGUGCAAGAGCCCAAAUGAAACACUAAGACCAUGUGAGAUACAUCAGAGCAAGUUCCCUUAUGCCAAAAAGGAAUGCUCAAUUUUAUACAGUGAUAUUUUUGCACCUUGUCGCAAUGUGAUUGACGUGACUUCUUUUGUCAAAAAUUGUCACACAGAUACAUGCAACUGCAAUCUUGGUGGAGACUGCGAGUGCUUGUGUACCAGUAUUGCAGCUUAUGCCCACAAGUGCUGCCAGCAAGGAGCAGCAAUUCACUGGCGAUCUCCUUCACUCUGUGCUUAUGACUGUGAAUAUUACAAUCAAGGUCUUGGUGAAGGACCCUAUAUUUUGGCAAGUUAUGGAGAGAAUGACACAAUUAUAGGAGCUAAUGUAUCCAGUAGAAGGAUAUUUCCCCUGCCUAGAACUGGAGCAUAUGGAAAUGUAUUUUUCAGCUUCAUGAUAACUCCAGGUCUUUUCAAAGAUAAAGAUUUAUCUCUCUCUCUUGUUUCCCUUGAGUCUGCUGAAAGACCAAACUACUUUCUCUAUGUACACAACAAUGAAACCAUUGGCUUGGAACACUGGCAGGCAAGAUCCUCCUUUCGGAGAAGAGCUACCUUCUUCCACCACCAGGGCCUCUGGAGUCCAGGGCUCAGUGCCUUUGAACUUCACAGUAAAAAAGGCUUUUUCAUCAUUCUCACCUCGUCCGGUGUUAAAGUGGCAAAGUACAAUGAUUCAGAAGAAUUCAAACGUUUGAGUAGCUUUAGUAUUGAAGAACUCGAUGCAUCUGUGCCUUACAGAAGGAUGUGUGAAUGGCGAUACGAAUCUUGUGCUAAUCCUUGUGUUAAAACAUGUAGUGAUCCUGAAGGUCUAGCAUGUAAAUUCCUUCCUCCGGUUGAAGGAUGCUUGCCAUACUGUCCAAAAAACAUGAUCCUUGAUGAGGUCACACUUAAAUGUGUUUAUCCAGAAGACUGCAUACCUGUGACACCUACAGAAUCAGCAACUGGAACAAAACCUUCAUUGUUAAUUUCUCACAUGGGUGCUUCCACGGAGAGAUUUCCUCAGACACCUCCUUUACUUGAAACUUCAGGGACUGAGUCAACUCAUACCAGUGUGACACCCAAAAUAACCAUGAAAGCAAACACAACUUUAAGCGGAAUGAAUAUGUCGGCACAGUCCAUUACAGACUUUUAUUCAUCGGAAGCAUCUAAUGCAGCUGCCUAUUCAACUUUUUCAUUACCAAGUACAGUGCAGCCUUCUGAUGUACUUCACAGCACAGCCAGCCCUACUGUCCUUUCCAAACUCACUUCUUCAACAGAUUUUCCAACUGCUUUUCAAGCCUCAGCAGUCAUAUCACAUACUGUCAGUUCUACUGCAUCUAUAACUUUACCCAUUACAAUAGCAACUCCAACAACCCUGCUCAGUGCAAAUCCUAUUCCAACAGGUUCUGCAUUAUUAACAUCCACUUCCCUAGUGUUCAUCAUCUUGUUAUCAGCAUCAGUACCAUCUUAUGUGACAUUCAAUACUACAAGUUCUUUAUUGAUUCCCAUGUUCAGUAGGACAUCAUCAUUAACACAAAAUAUAACUGCUACCCAAACACCAGUUUCAUCUCUAGAUACACAAGAAACCUCAGAAAGUCCAGUUAUAGACUUUGCAACUUCUGUAGAUUUUUCUACAUUCACUUUAAACAUAAGCCCUUCUAACAGCCUUUCAGGAGCGCUAAAAACAUCCAUUAUUAUAAUGCCCCCUUUACUAAUGCCUACAACUCCUGAAGCCACUUUAGAAAGCCAGUCCAGCAGGGUCUCUGUGUCUUCACCUCCUCCUAAGACCAUUCAUAUCUCUACUGUUUCUCUAGGAAAACAGAGUUCUUCGGUAAGCUCAGAAGAAGAUGGAACAAUAUCAGCCAAAUCAGCUGGAAUCAUCGCUCAAUCCACUACACCAAUGGUCACGAACACAACAGUGAAUGCUACAUCCUUAAAAGCACCUUAUAUUUUUGCAAAAAUACCACCUAGCUCUUCAGCCAGUUUAUUAGUUGCUUCUGGCACUACUGUAGCAUCUAGGAUUACUACAAAAACCAAUGCUUCUUUUGUUGCUGAUUUGGAAUUUUAUAUGGCUUCAGUUUCAGUUCCUACCACCAUAGAAACACCCAUGCAUGUGUCACACAAAUCUUUAUUUACAUCUGCAGCAACUCAAGCUUCACAGAGCACUAAAGAAACUCCAAAGAUGAUGAUCAUGAAAACAUCUGGUACUACAAGUCCAUUAUCACGGAUGAAGAGUACCUCAUUUACAGCUUCAGAAGUUAAAUAUACAACCUCAUUUGAAAGAACUGUGGAUAUUUUAGAAAGUGGUCAGACUUCACAUGAGCAAAGAAAUGUUACCAAGACAAAAUCAACCACAACUGAGAAAUCUUUCCUGCCUUAUUUGACAGUAUCUGCAGUUCAGAGUUUGCCUUUUUCAAGAAAUACAACGUCAGUAAAAAAUCUCUCUCUUUCUGGAGUUCCAGAUGUAAUGACAUCAGAUUGGUCCAAAAUCUCAACACAAAAACCCAUUAAACCUUAUUUCAGUCUAACAGAGCCCACACAACUGCAGACCAGACCUAUAAUAGUUUUAUCUCAUUCUAGUGGUGGAACGGCUCUGCCUGUGGAAACACAGACUUCUCUGGCAAGCACAGAAACAAUGUCAGCUAUAGCUGAAAAGGCUUCCUUUGGUACAAUGGCGCAUACACUGAUGUCUACAUCUUCUGAAUGUGUGCCAAGAUACCUUGAACCUGUUGACAAAUGUAGCCAGUAUGUAUGUGUAAAUAUGGGUUGGAUGUUAUACAACCUUUCAAGGAACUGCCCUAAGGAUGUGCAGAAGCCAGACUGUGGUUUUCGAGGAAUGCCAGUUCAAGUUAACACUGAUAGUUGUUGCCCAGAAUGGGAAUGUCCCUGUCAAUGUUCUGUACUAUCUGAGCUGAGUGUUAUUACAUUCGAUGGAAACAACAUAGCCCUCUGUAAUAUGGCUUCCUAUAUUUUAGUCAAGUUACCAGGAGAAAUUGUUGUUGCUCAUAUUGAAAAAUGUCCUGCUAAUCAGAGUGCAAAUUCAAUAAGAAAACUAGUUCCCCCUGCAAGCACUUCAGGGCUCUGUUUUAAGAAAUUAAAUGUAACGACACAGGCAUAUAAAUUACUUAUCAAUCGUUUAGCAAGAAAAGUAGUCGUGGAUUCUGUAAUUCAAUCAUUACCAUUUUCAAAAGAAGGACUGAGUAUUCAGGAUACUGGUGCAAUGUACGUCAUCAAUACCCCAGCUGGUAUUAGCAUCAAGUGGGCUCACAUUACAGGCAUCAUAGAUAUACAGUACGGAUUACACUCCAACACAUCGAUGAAGACAGAAGGACUUUGUGGGGUGUGUAAUGGAGACCCUACUGAUGACCUGAAAAUGCAAAACAGGACUAUAAUUACAAAUAUGGAGGAAAUCGAAAUGUUCAUUAAGAGUUGGGAAAUUGAGAAAUCACUUGAUGUAACAACCAGGAGGCCAGUAAAAAACUGUACUGAAGAUAACUGCACAUACUGUAUGGAACUGUUAAACAGAAGCAUUUUUGUCCCUUGUCACAAAAAAGUGUCACCACAGGAGUUUUGUGAGAAGAUGUGGAUUAAUAGUACUUAUUUUUGGAAUUAUGAGUGUGAUGCACUUUCUGCAUAUGUGACUUUAUGCAACAAGCACAACAUCUGCAUUAAAUGGAGGACACCUGAUUACUGUUCAUUGAGUUGUCCUGAGGGCAAGGAAUACCAGCCUUGUGUGCAACCCUGUGAAGCCAAGACAUGCUUGAAUAAAUGGUUCUAUGAAGAUUCUUCCUGUUCCUAUUUAAGGGAAGACUGUGUGUGUAAAAACGGCACUAUUCUGCAUAGAACGGACUCUGACCUCUGUAUACCAGAAGAAAAAUGUGCAUGUACAGAUAACAAAGGACAACCCCGCUCUGCUGGGGAGAUCUGGAAUGGGUCCAUGAGAGGCUGUUGCAUGUACAACUGUUUAGAAAAUGGAAGUGUUGUUGCUGUAGAACCUGAAUGCAACGAGGAUCCACCACCAGUCUGUGAAAGGGAAGGGGAAGUUAUCGUCCAUGUCAUCGAAGAGAGAGCUUGCUGUCCAAAGAAAGUUUGUGAAUGUAACGUGUCGUUGUGUGAUGCCAUUAUUCCAACAUGCAAACCCAAUGAAAAAUUAGUGGUAGGCUACAACCCCUUGUCCUGCUGUCCACAGUACCGAUGUGAAUGCGAUCCUUCAGUUUGUUUGAAUGCUUCCCAGCUGGACUGCAGAGAAGAUCAAUUUAUUGUUGAAGCAAAACAAGAUGAUCCCUGUUGUUUCUCUUAUCUCUGUGUUUGUGAAUCCUGUAUUGAGCCUGUUCCUUUGUGUAAUGAAGGGGAAAUUCUCACUGUAGACCUUAAUACCAUACAUUACUGUUGUCCUCAUUACUACUGUGUUUGUGAUGAAAAUCUUUGUUCUGAGCCUCCUAUGAAUUGCACAGAUGACAUGACACUUGUGAAGGAAAAAAUACCUGGGCAGUGUUGUCCAGAAUGGCACUGUGAAUGUAGCUGUGAAAAUGCUACUAUGCUGACCUGUAAAUUGGGAGAAGUUAAAAAAAUAGAUAGUAGUGUUGACAGCGCUUGUGGAUGCACUCACUACAUUUGUGAGAAGGAUGAUGUGUGCAUCUUCCAAGAGGUCACAGUACUGAAUCCUGGACAGUCAGUGAUUCAGCACUUGGAUGGAGACCUUUGUUACACUGUACAGUGUUUACAAGAAAAAGAUCAGAACACAGGAUACAACGCUAUGCAUUUUACAAUGGUGAACUGUUCUCAGCAAUGUGAAGCUCAUCAAAUAUAUAUUCCUUCCUCCAGUCACCAGGCUUGUUGUGGUACCUGUCAAAAUGUGUCCUGCCCUGUUCGUACCGAGAAUGGAACACUAAUUGCGUAUGAGGAAGGAAGCACCUGGAGCUCCAACUGCACCAACUACAAGUGUGCAAAGACUGCUGUGGGGGCUAUCGUACUGGGAUCAAGUGUUGUCUGUCCUCCUUUUAAUGACACUGAGUGUACAAAGAAUGGAGGAAUUGUGCAGACCUAUAAUGACGGCUGCUGCAAGACCUGCAAAAAGGAAGAAAGGAUUUGCCAGAAAAUGACAAUCAGGACAACCAUAAGAAAAAAUGACUGCAUAAGUCAAAGCCUGAUAAAUGUGGCUUCUUGUGAUGGAAAAUGCCCAUCUGCAACAAUUUUUAAUGUCAAUAUUGAUAGCCAUUUAAGAUUCUGUAAAUGUUGUCGAGAAAAUGGAACACGAAAUCUGACUGUGCCACUACGCUGCUCAGGAAAUGGCACUGAAAUUAUGUACGUCAUUCAAGAGCCUAUAGACUGCUCAUGCCAAUGGAACUGAACAUCACUGUGGAAAAGAUUUAAUCGGAUGAAUUAAAAUGCAUUUCCUUUCACCAGAUUCUAGUUUUUGACCUUGGAUGGCUGUAGUACUCUGCAGGGAAAAAAAGCCCACAUGUCCUCAAUUAUGCUUUAUAAUGUAACUUCUCAAAAAUUUAGCAAUGAUGAUGUUGUUCAUUGUUCUUCAAAUGUUCUUUUUAAAUAUCAGUAUCUAUAGAAAUAAAAAUAUAAAUCCUUUUGAACAAGGCAUAAUUUAGCCAUCAUUUAUUUCUACUCAGUGUCUUUCCUAUGAGCUGUUGAAAGCUGGUUAAUGGCUGUGUUUCCAGUGUUUUAAAGUUUUGGAUUGUGGCUACCUAUCAAAGUUCAGAAUUACUCGGUGGUUCUCUUCCUUUUACUUAGAAACUUCCAGUUAAGAACCAUCACUGGUCCCAUGUUUAAACAGGAAAGAAGCAGAUUACGGUUUUGAGAAUGACUGAAAUAAUUUAUUAAAAAAAAUAGUGGGUUCAAAUGAAACAUAUUUUGUUCUUUAAGCUGUUGUCAAUGACUGGACUCUGCUUACACUGUAAGUCACUGAGAAACACCAUGACUCUGCUCUGUAAGUAACUGUAGUAAAUAUCCUGAGCAUAUAGUAGAAUCAUAAUAAUAUCUUUAAACCUUAGACAUUUAUUUAAUUUAUAUAUAUAUAUAUUAUAAAUACAAAGCAUGACUAGGCAAUGGCUGAAGAAUUC